CCAUUAUGAAAGUCGUGUAUUCGCUUUCUUUACGCUUCAGUUUGUCUUGCAACUUUAGGGAACGUAAACACGUUGGUAAGCGUCAAGAUAAAUCUAAUGUUUAUGGAUAUAAAGAUGGAUUCACAAACAGCUGAUGCCGUCGAAAUGCAUGAACACGAAACAAAGGGAGCUUCUGAAGGGGAUGUUUCUUCAAAAAAAACAAAGAGGGGUCGGAAAUGGAAGCUGCUUUUGGUUGCAAUGGGGUGGGCACUGCUCGUUAGCCACGCCGCUCUAGUUUGUGGUGUGGUUGCACUUUUCACGAGGAAUGGGGGAUCGACACCGCCAAUAAGCAUCUAUGAAAAGCCUCAUCCAGUGAAGAUCCAAACGAAAUAUCAACUAUGGAACCUUGGGCAAAGUGGUCUCGUUGUGUUGAAUAAUGAUGGUACCGUAGAUUGCAAAGGGACUUUUGGGGCCGCUGGGAUUAUGUCUUAUGAUAACACAUCUGCUUGCAUAGGCUGCAUUGCCCUUGGCGUCGACAAUUUAUUACUGGUGGGAGAUGCAACAAGCAGAACUAUCACAGCAAAGAAUAUAGAUAACAUUGAUGGAAACGAUGAAUCUUUUGAGCCUGAUUACUUCUGGAGCUUCACGAUGUUCAAGCACCAUAAUAGCGGCCUCUACAUGGGAUGCGACAACUCUAGAAACGCAAAACUGUUUGAAGGUCAGCCAGUUGAGUAUCCAGAUCCUCAAAUUCUUUUUGUCCUUACCAAAGUUGACUAACUUCAAAAGACAACUGAUGAAGAAUCAUGGCGCUUCAUGUUUUUUCACUGCGAAGUCAGCUUUUAUGCAGCUAUUACCUUUUGCGAAGGUAUUUAAAUUUCAAUGUUAUAACUAGUAUACAGAUGUCUUGCAUAACAGAUAAAUGUCUGACAUCAGCUUCGAUCGUAUCAAGAGCCAUAGGUUGAACAGGCCAAAGGUUUACUCUGGCCUUCACGGUAUACUCAUUGUUAUCAUGGAAUUGAUAUGAUCAGUAGGAUACGCAAGUAUACAUAGAAGAGCUUUAGCUCUAAAAUCUAGUUGAACCUGCACUCAUCGUCCUUAAUAUAUUCUAUUGUCACAAUAUAAUUUGUCUGACCCUCCCUUGAGGCUUUAUAGUCUUCCAAAGAUAGUAUGCCCUCUAUCUUUUGUUAUAGACGGCUGACCUCCCCCCUCCGGUGAUAAAUAAUAACUUAAUAAUGAUAAAAAUAAAAGAGAGAGACUGUUGUAAAUAAAAUGUUUCUUCGACCCACAUACUAAGUAUGCUGAUGGGAAAAGAGCAUUGAAGGUCCCUUGCUUAUGGUUGCAUACUUAACCAAACGGAUCACGGUUCUAUCGUUAGCCUGUUCAGAAUAAAACCUCUGGAUACAAAAUGCUGAACAGACGUUCGUUUACACCUAUUAAAUUACCUAGACGACCAAUCUCCUUGUAAAUAUACGCAUAAAUAGUCAAAAACGAAUAUCUCAACCAGUGAAAAAAACUGUUUGCAUGUUAAUUACAAUUUAUUGUAUUGUAAUGUUUUUCUAACUUUAAAUUGAAUUAAGGGUCAUGCUUA